AUGCCAAAGGAUCCUGCAAUCAUUUGUCUUGGGCCGAUCACUUCAUUCAAUGAAGUUCUGAACCUCGUGCCAAAUUCCAUACCGAAGGAUCUCCCAAGUCCGGCACCUGACCACCAUCUCUGGGAUCAUCCAAACCAGAUUACAGAUGGCGUACGUGCCGUCACACCUCAACCACACAACCUUACCAAUGGCACCAGUGGAACUUCCACGGCUUCAGAAGUUCGCUUCAGGAAUCAAGCUCAGGUUAUCAACCUCAAUGGCACCAAGGAAUCAAGACUACCGCUAAACAAGGGCAACUCUUCCCACUUCCGAGUCGAUGGCAGUAUCGAUGAAUAUACAUUUACGACUGGACUCCGGCACGCCCGUACCGUGCCUGUGGACCAGUCCCAUGAAAUACCAGCUUUCGGUCCCCACACCACUGAAGCCGACGGCCCACAAUCGAAAGCUCACGCUAAGAUCAGAUCUUACACUGAUGAUCCAAGCACUAAAGAAUUCCCUCGAAUCUCGAAACCUGUUGAAUUGCUCAGGAACGAGUACGACUGUGUCGUGAUCGGGUCUGGAUAUGGUGGUAGUGUUGCAGCCAGCCGCAUGGCUAGAGCUGGCCAAUCUGUUUGUCUACUUGAGAGAGGCAAAGAGAGGUGGCCUGGAGAAUACCCAAGUGGGUUCGUGGACGCUGUGAAGCAGCUCCACGUCUCAGGCGACUUUGCUCCUGGAUUCCUCACAGGCGCAAUGGUGGAAGCUGGUGACCCAACUGGUCUCUAUCAUCUCAUCUGUGGCAGGGGACAGAAUGCAUUCGUCGGCAACGGACUCGGUGGAACCAGCUUGCUGAACGCGAAUGUCUUCCUCGAAGCAGAUGAUGGGACGAUGAGGCUGCCGUGUUGGCCGAAAGAGAUCCGCGAAAACGGAGUGAAAGAGCUGGAGGAUUAUUACAAGCGCGCAUCUAAUGUCCUCGAGCCUGAAGAGUAUCCCAAGGACUGGCCGGAACUACCAAAGUUGGCCAUGCUCGAGAGGCAAGCUGCAGCUCUUGGGUGGAAAGAGAAAUUCAAGCGUGUGCCUCAGACGACUCGAUUCAAGGGUGGGCCAAACAGUACUGGAGUUGAGAUGUAUCCGUCUGCUCUGACUGGCAUGGACAGCACGGGAGUCAACGAUGGAAGCAAGUCUAGCACACUUGUCAACUAUCUUGCUGAUGCUUGGAACUGGGGAGCAGAAAUGUUCUGCCAGUGCGAAGUGAGAUAUAUCAAGAAGCAUCCCGAUCCGAAGGUCGAAGGCUACCUGGUCUUCUUCGCGUGGCAUGGGAGCGAGCGCAGUGCUUUCAGAGACAACCUCUACGAAGACCUGAUGUGGGUUCAUGCAAGGGAAUGCGUCUUCCUUGGAGCUGGAAGUAUCGGCACGACUGAGAUCCUGCUGCGAAGCAAGAAACUUGGUCUUACAAUGAGCGACAAAGUUGGUCUUCACAUGAGUGGAAACGGCGAUAUCUUGGCUUUUGGGUACAACACUGACACCGAAGUCAAUGCCAUUGGACGCCAAUACCCUUCUCCAUACAAGCCGGUUGGGCCAACGAUCACGGGCGUGAUAGAUUGUCGCGAUCAAGAUAAUCCUCUUGAUGGGUUCGUCAUUGAGGAAGGUGCCGUUCCUAAAGCACUCGCCCCGUUGUUCCAAACAAUGUUGGAAAUGAUGCCGGGCAAUCAGGUUCCACAGGGUGAGGGCUUGGUUGAAAAGGUCAAGCAUGUGUUAGCUCAGCAAGGUAGCCGUUUUCUUGGACCGUAUUUCUCCAAAGGCAGUAUUGAGAGGACUCAGACCUAUCUCAUCAUGAGCCAUGACUCCAAUCAAGCAAGCUUAACUCUCAAGGAUGACAAGAUUGUUCUGGAGUUCCUUGGCGUUGGACGGAGUGGGCACGUCGAGUAUCUCAAUGAUGUGUUGAAGCGCGCCACUCAAGCCGUUGGUGGUACUUUUGUCAACAGUCCUUUCUAUGCAGCAUUGGGCCAGCAAGAAAUUACUGUUCAUCCAAUUGGAGGUGCCUGCAUGAGUAGAGACGGAACGGGAGAGCACGGUGUCACGAAUCAUUAUGGAGAAGUCUUCACUGGUCGCGGUGAAGAAACACACCAUGGCCUGAUUGUCACGGACGGAGCGGUCAUCCCAACAGCCCUUGGAGUCAAUCCCUUCGCAACCAUCACGGCGCUUGCUGAACGGUCCGUUGAGUAUGCUGCCAAAUACAGAAUCCUUGAAGAGAUCGAUCUGAAGACGAAGAACGAGGUCUUGGAUCUCUUCGCUGAACCAUACCAAAUCGUUGGCGGCAAGAAAGCAAUACAACGAAGGAACUCCAACAAGGUCAACGACGCUACAGACUUGGUCAAAGCCACGAGGGCUGCCAAAGCCAAUGGUUUCGGAUUCUCGGAAGUCAUGUCGGGAUACAUUCACGUUGGAAAAGGUCUCGAAGGCGACAAAAUCGAAGAUUACCAAACCGCAGCGAGGACAGCUCGCGGUCUGUGCGAAGAAGCUCGAUUCUUCUUGAGCGUCAAAGCAUGGGAUACACAUACGAUAGUCAAUCGCGCCGACCACCGAGCCAUGCUAACAGGAACCUUCACCUGCGCCGGCCUCAAAGGGAGUCCAUUCAUGGUGCAGCGCGGCGACUUCCACCUCUUCAGCAUCGACCAACAAGCACCAGGGACCCGCAACCUAACCUAUGACUUCGAUAUGACAUCUACCGAAGGGAUCGACUACCACUUCCACGGAUACAAAGUCGUCAAUUCCUCUGUCGCCCUCGGCCCCAUCCGUUUCUGGACCGCAGCCUCAACCCUCUACGUCACAAUCUCAGAAACGCGAACGGGCAAGGUCCUCGGAAGAGGCAUGCUGCACAUCCGUCCCUCUGACUUUUUGUCUGAGAUCUUGACUCUCAAUCCGUCUGGCAAGAAUCUAUGGGCAAAAGUGAGCUCCACAAUGUCCUUCAUGAGUUUCUUUGCCCGGCAUUCCGCCGCCCUGUUCCUCGCCCCCUUCACCUGGCAGCAAUACCCCUCCGUCACCUACUCGGGCUACAUAAAUGACACCUCCCCGGACCAAACAAUCAAGAUCGUCGCCAUCGACGGCGUGCAGACCCUUCUCCAUGUCUGGGAGCCCCGUGCUCCGGGCAUUGAAACGAAGAAUUUAUUUAUGAUUCCUGGUGCAAGUGUGGACCAGCAGAUCUUUGCGCUGCCGACGAUCGAGGUUAACGCUAUCAAUUACUUUACCAGGGCCGGGUAUAGGGUUUUCGUUACCGUGCAUCGGAUCUGCCAGCUCAUGGUUGCUGAAAACAACUGGACGACGUACGAUGCUCGUCUCGACAUAAAAGCAUGCUAUGAAUGGAUCCGCCAAGAGCAUGGUCCGGACCCCGUCUACACGAUCGCUCACUGCAUGGGCUCGGUCGCCUAUUCUUGCGGUCUUCUCGAUGGAACCAUUCCAGCGGAGUGGGUGAAAGGAAUCUCCUGCUCGCAAGUCUUCUGCCAUCCCAUCUGGUCAACAUUAAACAUGGCCAAAGUCCUCGCAGGCCCCAUCCCAUUCGACAAACUCUACGCCAUGUUCGGCGGCUCGUGGUUCUCCUGCUCCUCAACACGAGAUGAUUCGUACUUCCAACAACUGGUCAAUCAGAUCCUGCGCUUUUAUCCUGACUCUAGGGAAGAAAUCUGCAACAACGUAUCCUGUCAUCGCUGCUCUCUGGUUUUCGGGCGACUCUGGAACCACAGAAACCUAAACCAGGCAACCCACAGACAGAUAAACCGCUUCUUCGGCGGCGUCAACAUGACGCUCCUGCACACGCUGAUGCAGCAAGGCUACCGCGGCACCGUAACUUGCAACGGCCCCCUAUUCACGCCCCUCACCGGCCCCUCCAACCUCCGCCGCCUAAAGGGCAUCCCCAUCUUCCUCUUCUCGGGCUCCGACAACAAGGUCCUCACCCCCGAAGCGACGGAGAAGACGUACGGGAUCCUCAGGGAUGCGUUCGGGACCGAGGGCUAUAGCAGGGAGGUCGUGCGCGGCUACGGACAUCUGGAUUGCUGGAUGGGGAGGGAGAGUUAUAAAGACGUGUUCCCGAUGGUGAGGAGUGAGGUGGAUCGCGUGUGUAGGGGCGAGGGGUGGAGGUGGAAGGAGCCGGAUUGGAAGAAUGAUUGGAGGGAUUGGAAGAACUUGGAGAUGUCUGGGGGAAAGAAGGAGGGGAAGAAGACCGUUUGA